GCCCACUCUCGCCGCGGUCUCCUGGCGGCGGCGGCUUUGUCUCGUGGGCUGCUCCCUGGCGGCUUCCUCCCCCGAGCAGCUGCCGCCAGAGGGAGGAAGCGGCGCGGGAGCUGUCCGGCACCCCGGUGCUGAAACCCCGAGUGCUGGUCAUCCACCACCACCAUGUAAGGGCCAUGAAAAGGGCUCGUCCUGGCGCAGCGCGGACAUGGAGGAAGACUUAUUCCAGCUAAGGCAGCUGCCAGUGGUGAAAUUUCGUCGCACAGGCGAGAGUGCAAGGUCAGAGGAUGACACGGCUUCGGGAGAGCAUGAGGUCCAGAUCGAAGGGGUCCGCACGGGCCUAGAGGCGGUGGAGCUAGACGAUGGAGCAGCUGUGCCCAAGGAGUUUGCCAAUCCCACUGACGAUACUUUCAUGGUGGAAGAUGCGGUGGAAGCCAUUGGGUUCGGAAAAUUUCAAUGGAAGCUGUCGGUUCUCACUGGCCUGGCUUGGAUGGCGGACGCCAUGGAAAUGAUGAUCCUGAGCAUCCUCGCGCCCCAGCUGCACUGCGAGUGGCGGCUCCCCAGCUGGCAGGUUGCGCUGCUGACCUCGGUGGUCUUUGUCGGCAUGAUGUCCAGCUCCACCCUCUGGGGAAACAUCUCAGACCAGUACGGCAGGAAAACAGGGCUGAAGAUCAGCGUGCUCUGGACACUGUACUACGGCAUCCUCAGUGCUUUCGCGCCCGUGUACAGCUGGAUCCUGGUGCUCCGCGGCCUGGUGGGCUUCGGGAUCGGAGGGGUCCCCCAGUCGGUGACGCUGUAUGCUGAGUUCCUUCCCAUGAAAGCCAGAGCUAAAUGCAUUUUGCUGAUUGAGGUGUUCUGGGCCAUCGGGACAGUGUUCGAGGUCAUCCUGGCUGUGUUUGUGAUGCCCAGCCUGGGCUGGCGCUGGCUGCUCAUCCUCUCGGCUGUCCCACUCCUCCUCUUCGCUGUCCUGUGUUUUUGGCUGCCGGAGAGCGCGAGGUAUGACGUGCUGUCCGGGAACCAGGAAAAGGCCAUCGCCACCCUGAAGAGGAUAGCGACAGAAAACGGAGCCCCCAUGCCGCUGGGGAAGCUCAUCAUUUCCAGACAGGAAGACCGAGGCAAAAUGAGGGACCUUUUCACGCCCCACUUUAGAUGGACGACCUUGCUGCUGUGGUUUAUAUGGUUUUCCAAUGCGUUUUCUUACUAUGGAUUAGUUCUGCUCACCACGGAGCUCUUCCAGGCAGGAGAUGUCUGCAGCAUUUCCAGCCGGAAGAAGGCAGUGGAGGCCAAGUGCAGCCUGGCCUGUGAGUACCUGAGUGAGGAGGACUACAUGGACCUGCUGUGGACCACCCUCUCUGAGUUCCCAGGUGUCCUUGUGACUCUGUGGAUCAUUGACCGCCUGGGCCGCAAGAAGACCAUGGCUCUGUGCUUUGCCGUCUUCUCUUUCUGCAGCCUCCUGCUGUUCAUCUGUGUUGGCAGAACUAUGCUCACUCUGUUACUCUUCAUUGCAAGAGCGUUUAUUUCCGGAGGCUUCCAAGCGGCCUAUGUUUACACGCCUGAGGUCUACCCCACGGCGACGCGUGCGCUGGGCCUGGGCACCUGCAGUGGCAUGGCGAGAGUGGGCGCUCUCAUCACUCCCUUCAUCGCCCAGGUGAUGUUGGAGUCCUCCGUGUACCUGUCCCUGGCCGUGUACAGUAGCUGCUGCCUCCUGGCUGCCGUGGCCUCCUGCUUUUUGCCCAUCGAGACCAAAGGCCGCGGACUGCAGGAAUCCAGCCACCGGGAGUGGGGGCAGGAGAUGGUCGGCCGAGGGACGCACGGCGCAGGCGUCGCCAGGUCGAACUCUGGCUCUCAGGAGUAGUGACCUCUGGGGGGCUGAGCUGGUCUUCGAGGCUGUGGAGUGCAGGGAGCUGGUGGAGCCCGUCUGGGGCGCCGACCGUCACUGCCGACACCGAGAACUCACCCAAGAGUACAACCUGGACCCUGGUUGCUCAUUUCCAUUGAGACCCCCCCCAGCCCCCAUGGACGGGGAAGCAUUUGCUCUGGGGGGUUUCUGUAUGUGUGUGGGGAGGUUUGUUAAUACCCUGUGGAUCUGCAUGGGAAACUGCCACACUAGGAGUGCCGGUGACACCGGUAGCCAGCCAGACACCAUCCAGAGUUAGCCAGUCCACACCCUAGGUGAACAACAACCGAAAGAUCUCCAUAGAUACCGUCCAGGCCCAGACCCCUGUGACACCUGCCGCCCACCAACCAAACCUGUUCAGUAGGUUUCUCCGACACCCCAGGCUCUGAAUUUCCUCCUUUGAAAUUGCAGGCAACUUGGGUGUGGCCUGAGCAGCUUUUCCUUGGGUCUGAGAAGUGCUCCCUCGGAAGGGGCCUCUCAGUUUGCCUCCCCAGGCAGAGCCUGGCUUGUGGUGACUCUGGCCGAUGCACAUACAUUUGAACUUGAGCCAUGUGCCCCACCUGGCCCACUUUGGAGUUGCUGCCCCUGGCUCUAGGGGGUCCAAAUGUGUCCAAGGGGACAGCUGAUGACCACCCCCGAAAGCGGUUGCACCGUGCACUGGGGACUGAGGCGAAAGGAAGGCAAGAAUCAAGCCCAAAGUCAAAACAGGGAACUCCCAUUUGUAAGCAUCGAAGGCUACGUGGGGGCUUCCUCUCUCGCCCCCCCACCCGCCGGGCGGAUUGGGGACUCUGGGGGAAAGAAAACAGUUAACUCAGGUCUCGGCACUUUGGAUUUUGAGCUUGGGUGGAUGGCCAAACAGACAGACGAAACAAAAAGAUGCUGUGCCCACCACCCUUGCCAGCAAGGGUUGGCCCGGUCUUUACACAGAGGCAGCUCCUGGGGUUCCGAUGACAGAGCCCACGGCAGGGAUGCCACAGGGCGGGGAGGAACGGGAUGUGUGAAAUGUGUACAUUUUCAAAGAGGGAGAAGGAAGGUCAUUUGGGUUUCGGGUUGGCCUUGGAAGGAAGGGCUGACGCCGUGUCUCCGCCGACAGCAUCCACCUCCUAGGUUUGGUUUACAGGAGUUUUUGCCCUUUCACGAAGGCAGGGGACCUAGAGAAGGAGAGAGGAAGCUGUCGGAUCCCACCAAAGGCCAGAGAAGACGGACUCUCUGCGUGGAGAUGUCUGCUCGAAGUCAGUAUUGCGAGGAAGCCAAAUGUGUACGUUCAUCUCUUAUUAAAACAUGUUGGUGAUGGACAUCACAAGGGGCCAAGUUUGUUCAUGUGUCGUGACGCCCUAGUGACAGUUCAGCCCGAUGGUCUCGCCAACUUUGUCCAUCCAGCGCCAUCCCAACGCUUUAAUAAUAUGACCAUCUUUCCCAUAAGGGGAAAAUGUCGCGCAGUUGGCUGCCAACAUUGUGACUUUGAGUUUGUUGGAGGCAGCACUUUCUUCUAACAGCGUCAAGGUCACAGUGGGCAACGUCUUUAGGUUCACGUCCUAGGUCAAUGGCAAACGAUCCUGUGGACCCUGGAAUAGGGGCUGCAGCCCCCUUGGCCCAGUCGGUCAUUCAGAGAGGAGGCAGCUUGGCAGGUCUUCCUCUCCCUGGCAGGGAGGGUGUGCCCUUGAACCCUGAAUGGCUACAGCUCUAAUUAUUUCUGGUCUGCUGAGCUCUCCCAGGUAACACAGAACCUUCGCUUGGUCUUUUUGCCUCUUGGCUGGCCAGACACUGCCGGGUGAGUGCACCCACUCCCUUGCCCUCAAAUAACCCGAAGGAACUGGGGGCUGGAGUGAGGAAGGGAUGCUUGGUGGGCAGAAGCGUUUUCCAGGGGCUGGGGGUGAAGAGGCCUACCAUGGAGGGCCUUCUCUUCUUGAGAAAAUGAAAGUUAAACAUUCUUGCCUUCUAAAUUGCCUGCCCUUUAAAAAAAAUCAAUAUUAUUGAAUGACACAAGAGCUGCCACGAAAGUUGCCCAAGCCUUUAGCCGAGGACAUUUGUAUCUAAUUUUGAACCAUCCGAAAGCUCCCGUUUCCGUUAAUGGAAAUGCCAUCUGUUUCUCUGCGCCUUAGGAAAGAUUUCAGAAAAUGGCAAGAGAGGUUUGGGGUAGCCAGGGUUAUAUAGUUUCUUUUCCUUCAAAUAGUCUUGGGGACACGUAGAUGACCCUGGUGGUGUUGGCAAUGAGAGGAGUGGCUGUCUUAGGGAUGGGCUUUGAAAUGAGUAUGGACAUUCGUUAUUUUUAAAUAACAUUAAUCAACAGAGGGCUUGUAGGGUGAGAUUCAGAGUCUCCCUUGGUUACUACUAAUAAACAUCCAAGGACUGUAUAUCUUGAGCUGUAAGCAGGAGUAAAACUAGUCACCAGAAGCUUAAACCAUUAAAAUAUUAAUUGUUCAUUUAAUGACAAGCCCAGAAUCAGGCAGGUCUAGGCAAGAUUCAGCAGCUCAACAAUGUCAUCAAAGACCCAACUUCUUUUUGCCUUUCUUCUCUGCCAUCUUCUGCAUGUUGGCCAUUUGAAACCUCAUGGUCACAGGAUGGCUGCUGGAGUGCCAGGCAUCAUCUUUAUUUUCAAAGGAGAUAGAUUGGUAAGGAACCAUCCCAAAAGACCUUCCUUCAAACGGGUCUGUUGGUUUUGGUUACAAGGGAAUCCCUUCAGCAGAUUUACCAUCACUUUGCAUUGGUCAGACCUGGGUCCUCCACCCAUCCCAGCAUGAAUCCUUCCCUAGGACUGGGGAUG